AUGCAUUUUUCAUUAUCCACUUCAGUCCUUCUCUUCAUAUCCCUCUUUUCUUCAAUAAUCUCGGCGUACCGACCAGUUCAAUUCGUCAAACAUACCGGCCAAAGCGGAAGAGCGGACCAAGCGUUCUCUUUGGUAAAUUAUUACAAUGAGACUACACAGCAAUCCGAUGCCUACUUCCGCAUGUGGAUGUUCCGUUAUAAAUCAUCGGCAAAUGGAUGGGCUUCACUCGCAUUUGGCCCAAGGAUGGUCGGCGCCCUCAUGUUCAUUAUCUACGGUGACCCCAGUGCUGCAGAUGGUGCGAUGGGUUUCAGUUAUCGGACAGUAGAUGGCCACCAUCCACCUCGUCCGGUAGAUGAGUUCAAAGACUUUUAUUCUGGAGAAGUCCCCGAUGUUGAGCUGAUCUCGUCUCGCUUUGAACCCUACACGGGUGAGUAUUUCUCUGAACAGCUCAACGACAAGCCUUCGCACGUCGGCGUUGCCGACUUUGUCGUUCGUGGCUAUGAGAAGUGGAAGAAGACGGAACUCGAGAUCACCAACUCUACCGUCAAGCAAGCCAUGAUCUGGUCGAGCAAUUUCAACCAAGAUUUCCAAGGAGACUUCUCAUUCGAAAGGCACAUCGAUAUGCAUCAAUUCGGCCUCGGGUUUGGAUUUCUUUGGGUCGACUUCAAAAAUGCCGAAAGCCCCUACCCGUUCUUUGGUGAGAUCAACGAUCUCGAUGACCACAAAGGCGUGAACGAGAUUGGUGAUCCUAAAGCACCGACCGAGGACGAGUUGAAAAGUGGCGAGGCGAUCAUCGAAAAACAAGCUGCCAUUUUCGCUGGUACUGCCACUCCUGAUGCUGGAGCCGACACGGGAUCUUCGAACGAUACCCCAGCUGCUGAUGACGGAAAUCAGGUUGAGGAGCCCGUCAAGACCCCCAAACAAUGGAACAUUCGCUCGCUCAUGUGGCAUCUUCACGGUGGGCUCAUGUGCCUCUCCUUCCUAGUUCUGUAUCCACUCGGGGUCUACCUGCUCCGUUCACCACGACCGACAGCCUUCAACCUCCACUGGACCGUCAACUCCCUGGCUAGCGUCUCAGUCAGCAUCGCCGCGAUGAUCGGCUUCGUCAACUCGCGCUCCAUUUCCAUCACGCACCAGUAUCUCGGAAUCCUGCUCGUCUGUGGACUCGCUGUCCAAACCGUGCUCGGGUGGCGCCACCACAUCAUCUACCUGCAAGUGCAGCGGCCCACGUGGAUGAGCAACGUGCACAGGUGGCUCGGACGCGUCGUCCUCCCUGUGGGGAUGCUCAACGUGAUCACAGGCCUGCUCCUGCGCCAGUACGGCUGGCUGACCGUGGCGUUGACCAUCGCGCUCGCGUCCAUCGAGAUCCUUCUCCUCGCGUUCAUCGUGGGCCGCGCCAAAACACGACGACCCGGUGCGAUGCAGAAGGGCCCCGCCGCCCCCACAGCCGAUGAGGCUGAGGAGUACUUCCAGCUCACGGGUGCGGAUGACGAUGACGACGAGCUUAGCGACGACGAGGCCACCGGUUCCGAGGGCGGCGCCGCCAAAAGGACCCAGGACCGCGCUGAGCAGCAAGCGCGGCUGGCGCGCUUAGAUAAGGUGUGA